UCACUAACUGCAUUUGUUUAGCUUUUUAAAAUUUUGCCUCUAGACCUUUUGGGGAAAUAAAAUGCUGAUUUGAUAAAAGAAAUUCACUGUGAAUUUUGGUGCAGUAGUACAGUAAGUUUUCUUUUCUAUUUAUCUGCUAUAAUGCCAGGCAUUCUCAGUUUUCCCACAAGGUGCAACGGUGCAACUUAAAAUCAGAUAAGUGACAGUGAUUUAACAGUGAACUGGGGUGUAGGUACUUCAUUGUUGGUGUUCUCUUCUGAGUGCAAUCUGUGCAUGAAGGUGAAGCCUGAGCAGGCAGCCAGGAGCACAUGGCCAUAACGUGGAUGCGGCGUGAUUUAUUGGAUUGAUCAUUAUCCAAAGAAAAGGGCCUGUGAUCAGUCCCUUCAGAGAACAUUGGAACUGCCAUUAGCCUGUCAGGAGGAUCCAAGCACCUAGCCACAGAAAUGGAGUCCGGAAAGAAGAUUUCCGGAACCCUUGUGUUGGCGGUGUUCACCGUCACACUCGGGUCCUUGCAGUAUGGAUACAGCCUUGGUGUCAUCAAUGCGCCCCAGAAAGUUAUAGAGAGGCAUUAUGGGCGCUCACUUGGGGUUCUCCCACAGAACCUGACUCGCUCCCUCAAUACCACUGAUGAUGUGGAGCCACAUCCUUCAGUCGUAAUGUAUUGGUCCCUCUCUGUGGCAAUCUUCUCCAUUGGUGGUGUGUUCUCUUCCUUCCUGGUGGGUUUUGUGGGAGACCUACGGGGCAGGGUAAAGGGGAUGCUGAUGGUAAAUGUGUUGGCCAUUGCUGGAGGCCUGCUUAUGGGCCUGGCCAGAAUGGGCAAGCCUCACCUGAUGGUGAUCUCAGGCCGUGCCGUGAUGGGAUUUUACUGCGGCCUGUCCUCUGGGCUGGUGCCCAUGUACAUUGGGGAGAUUGCGCCCAUAGAGUAUCGAGGUGCAUUGGGAACGUUCCACCAGCUGGCCAUCGUCACGGGCAUCCUAAUCAGUCAGGUCAUCGGGCUAGACUUCCUGUUGGGCAAUGACGACAUGUGGCCCUUGCUGCUGGGCCUGUCCGGGGCGCCUGCCAUCCUCCAGAGCCUCCUGCUGCCCCUGUGUCCCGAGAGCCCCCGCUUCCUCUACAUCACACUGGGCAAAGAGGAGGAGGCCCGCAAGAGUCUGAAGAGGUUAAAGGGGGAGUACGACCCCUCCAAAGACAUAGCGGGAAUGCAGAAAGAGAAAGAGGAGUCCAUGAAGGAGGAGCAGGUGUCCAUCUUGAGCCUGGUGCGCUCCUCUUUGUACCGCCAGCAGCUCCUCGUGGCCCUGAUGAUGCACCUGUCCCAGCAGUUCUCUGGGAUCAAUGCUAUAUUUUACUACUCUACUGCCAUCUUCAGUACGGCGGGCAUCGCCCAACCAGUGUACGCAACCAUUGGGGUGGGCGUCAUAAACACCAUUUUCACCAUGGUUUCUGUGGCGUUGGUGGACCGUGCAGGCAGACGGACAUUGAUUCUGAUUGGAUUAGCAGGGAUGUGCUGCUGUGCAGUCACCAUGUCUGUUGGGCUGGUCUUACUGCCGACCUACCCCUGGAUGAGCUACGUCAGCAUGACGGCCAUCUUCCUUUUCGUCUGCUUCUUCGAAAUUGGCCCGGGGCCGAUCCCAUGGUUCAUUGUGGCAGAGCUCUUCAGUCAGGGCCCCCGUCCGGCUGCCAUCGCCCUGGCCGGCUUCUGCAACUGGAGCAGCAACUUCGUCAUCGGGAUGUUCUUCCCUUACAUUCAGGCUCUGUGUGGAAGCUAUGUCUUUAUCAUCUUCGCUGGGUUCCUGUUCGGUUUCACCAUCUUCACAUACUGCCGUGUCCCUGAGACCAAGGGCAAGACUUUCGCACAGAUUGCGGCUGACUUCCACGACCGACCACCUCCUGUUCCUAGUGCUGCCACAGAGCUGGAGCACCUGAAGUCUGCCACAGAUGCUUGAAGACUAUUACAACCAUGAGGCAGCGCUGCUUUUCAUAGCUAGACUCGUCUGUUACAACUUUGCCAGUGUUCAUUUCAAUAACCCUUUCUGAAUCUUUCAUCAAUUAUCAGUUCGACAAAGGAUAGCGAUUGCAUCAUUUGAAUUCUUUGAAUUCUUAAUGACAGUAUCCAAAUCUUGGUCCACCAGCUCAUGGAUUUCGGAGUCAAGAAGACAUGCCGGUUGGUUGUAUGUGUUUCAAAAGUGUGCUUGAGUCUGCCCAUUCAAAUUAAAGGAGGAUGUAGCAUUGGGACAUGCCUAUAAUUGCCAUUGGACAUUCCAAAUUGCGAAAAAUAAUAAAUGGGAUUAUGGGUAGUUACCAAAAUAUUUAAAGGCAUAUUUUUGAUGUUUUGUGUAUAGACAUUGAUGUAGCUUGUACAUGGUAUGUUAAUGUUUAUUUCUGUUUCUGUAGGCUAUUUACAUUAACCUUGCUGUGGAAUAUCACCUCUAGUCUGCUGUCCAUAAAUAUUUCUCUGUAUCAAUAAAAAAUGUUAAGUAUUA